GCAGAGAGGCAGAAAGUAGCUGGGUCACCCCCAGCUUGAGGGACGCACCCGGGCUCAGCUGUCCUUGUUUCCGGCCUGGGCCGUACAAAGCGUUUUGUGAGUGCGCGCUGCUCUCCCUUACCUCCACCGCCGGCUUCCUGACGACCAGCGUUAGCAGGGCUCUGCCCCUGGUCCUCCAAACGCUCGCCACGAUGACGCGGUCCUGCUGAGAUGCAGCGAGGCUGAGCGGAGCUCCCCGCCGCCCCGGGGAACAGGGCGAGCCCGGCGCAGCGGGACCGAGCGUGUUCUUCCCUCUCGGCCCAGGCGGCACCAUGAGAAGACUUCUCGGAGCCGCGAAGGGGGCCGCGCGGCUCGGGCUCGGCCCCGGCGCCUGCCGGAGCUCUCUGCCCCCCGCGCUCUGCCAGGCGCGCUGCGCCGUGGCCUUCGUGCUGGCGGCCGCCCUCCUCUCCCUGCUGCCGCUGCUCCUGCCCGCGCAGUGGAAGCUGCGGCACAAACUCUCCAGGACUCCCGUCAGCUCUCAGGGACCUGGAGCCCUUGUGACAGCAGCCCAGGAGUGGGUGGCACAGCCCCCGCACAGGCCCCCUGUUCCCACCCUGUGGCCAAGCCUUGGGGACACGUAUGGGCAGGACAAGACCUACUGCAGCUCGAAGUGCCCCAGCAGCAUUAGGAAGAAGAUUGUGACUACAGAGUUCAAGGACAUCUUCCUGGAGACCAUUCCAGUGCUGCAGUGGGCACAGCAUGCCCGGGAGGACGAGUACCAGCGUCUCCGGAAAUACACGGGAGCUCAUGGCUGGAAGGAAGUCAGCUGGGAUGUCCUGAAGGCAUCUCUCUCCCUUCUGAACACGUCAGCCAACGGGUUCCUCUUUGACACCCACAGCUGGGCGCCAGGUGCCCGUGUGCCCUGCAUCCGCUGUGCAGUGGUGGGCAACGGUGGCAUCCUCAAUGGCUCCCGCAUGGGCCGCACCAUUGAUGCCCAUGACUACGUGUUCAGGGUCAACGGGGCCAUCACCGCAGGCUUCGAGAGGGAUGUCGGCAACAGGACAUCCUUCUACGUCUUCUCCACCAACACCAUGAUGAACUCGCUGAGCAGCUAUGCUGCGGAGGGCUUCCAGCACCCUCCCCAAACGCCGGAGACCCGAUAUAUCUUCCUCCCGGACCAUGACCGAGACUACCUGCUGCUCUGGGCGGCUCUGACCCACCAGCGCGUCGACAGGGGCAGGGACAGCGGAGCCUGGCCACAGAAGUAUUUUGGACAGGACCUGCUGGCAGAGAAGUUUAAGAUGUUCCACCCAGACUUCGUCCGCUAUCUCAGGAACCGGUUCCUCUGGGCCGACAUCCUGGCCACUCCGCAGCGGGCGCUGUACCGGCCCUCCACCGGGGCCGUGAUGCUCCUGGCCGCCAUCCACACCUGCGACGAGGUGAGCGCCUUCGGCUUCCUGACGCCGGACUACGGGGCGUACUCGGACCACUACUUCGACCGCACGCGCCGGCGGGUGCAGUUCUUCGCCAACCACGACCUGAGGAAGGAGAUGAAGCUGUGGCAGCGGCUGCAGCGCAGCGGGCUCCUGAGCCUCUACACCGGGCGCAAGGCGACGUGACGCCCCGGAGCCGCGUCGGCCGUCGCCUGCGGAGCGCCGGGCCGCGGUGCCGCCCGGGACGCGGCAGCUCGAGGCUGGGACGCCGGAGGAGAACUGUCCUCUGCAGUGCCAGCGUGUCCCCGCAGAGCCCAGGGACAGUCCCGGGGGGAGGGCUGGGGCCCGAGCAGUGCACGCAGCGGGGGCCGGGGCCACGUCGCAGGGCCGUCCUGUCCCGCAGCGCCCGGUCUCCUGCGCCCUCCGCGCGGGUGCCGGUGGCGAGCACGGGGCGAAGCCCCCCGCGGAGGGAGCGGCGUGUGCGUCGGGGGCUGCCGGGUGGCCCCAGGCGUGCUGCCGUGACCGCGGCGGUCCCCUCCCUGCCUGGCCCCGCAGGUCCUCCCCGGGGUGCGAUCGCCCCCCGGACCCUGUGCCGCCUCCGGAGGGGCUGCGCCCUGGGAAAUGGGCUCGUGGGGGAGCGCCCAGCACGCCUGCGCGUUGCUUCGCGGUUGAACUGCGGCGUGGGGCUGGGGGCAGCGUCGCUGCCUGUGGCUGAGCCGCUUUGGGGCUCUGCCCCGGGGUCUCUGUCCUCCUCCGGCUCACCCGGGCCCCGGCUCACUGUGUCCGGGUGCCGUGCCAAGGGAAAUCCGGGAGUGAUCCUGGGCGUUGAGCCCCCUGCCUGCCCCCCACGUCUGCUGCCAGGGCCUCCCUCUCGCCCUGCCCGGCUCAGGGGUCUCUGCAAACCCCUUCCCGUGGGGUCUCUGCUGCGUCCCAGGUGCCGGAGCCGCUUCCCCCCUUUGCUGCGGCUGCCCCGGCACCCGCGUGGCCUCGAGUCCCCGUGUGCGCGGUGCCGCCGGCCGCCCCGUGCCGCUGCGGCCGAUCCUUCGGCUCCUUCGCGGGUCUUCUCCUCCCCAGCAUCGCCAGAGCUAAUUUCUAGGCCAGUGCCCGGUUCAGACAUGAAUAAACCAGCGCUGUUACAUAACCGGUGAUG